AAGACUAUCUGCGGAAGUGAAUUUUUCCUCGGCGGAAGUAAACACUACAGCCAAUGCGGCUUAUUUCGCUCGCUGGAAUAAAGUGGAUUAGUCAUAGUCAACUUGGACGUGGUUUGCUUUAUCUCAUGUGCUGUUGAUUUUGUGAAAAAUGUCGUCGGUUCUGUGUUUUAGAAAGUUUGUCAACGAGCGCCUAACGGCCGCUGCUGAAGAGAUACUAGGUGUCUUUGAAAAAACCAUCGUAGUGUACGAGGAGGAGAUCGACCGUCAGCGCAGACUGCUGGAUGUCGUUUUAAAACGACACGAUAAAGACAUCCCACAUUCAUCUACCACUAAUGAAGAAAUUCUCCUGAACCAGCAGAAACUCUAUGACCAGAGGAGGAGCGCCACUCUAAACCAAGUGGACCCACAGGUGUUGGGGCAGCUUUGCUCUGGUCAGGAGAAAGAUCAUUUCAUUCUACCGCAGGAGACGGAUAUGUUUAAGUUAAGGCAUGCCCGAGAGGGGAGUGACUUUAGUGCAGACCAGAAUCUGCUUAUGGGUCGUGAUCAGAUUCGUAAUGUGCCAGAAAAAGAGUCCCUGACCAGCAUCCCAGUUAUGGCUGACUCAUUGGCCUCAGGUGCACCCGCACCGUACACUGACCAUCACUUUUCUCACAACUCUUACACAGCUCACAGUCAAGACCAUGGGAGUGGAAACCAUGAGACUGCAGGCACUCAUCACACACCAGAGAACAAACCUUUCAAAUGUAUGGUUUGUUCUGAAGAGUUUCAUGACUUUCUGAAGUUGAAAAUGCACAUAAGGAGCCACACGGGUGAAAAACAUUUAAAACGCAAAGGGAAAGCGUUUACCCAGAAGGCCCUGGGGUUGAAUCACACAGUGGUGAAGCCAUUCAUAUGCAGAGUUUGUGGAAAGGAAUUCAGUUGUCAGUCAAGCCUUAUCAGUCAUAUGAAAAGUCAUUCCGGUGAGAGGCCGUACCAGUGCAUCACCUGUGGCAAAACAUUCAGCCGUGGAGCAGACCUGAGAAGACACACCCGAACUCACACGGGGGAGAAACCUUACAGCUGCAUUUACUGCAACAAGGAGUUUUCUUACCACUCAUCCCUUACUAAUCAUGUGCGAGUGCAUACAGGCGAGAAGCCAUAUAAAUGUAUGUGGUGUGGGAAAAGAUUUGCUCUCAGCACAACGUUGAAAAUACACACCCGAGUCCACACGGGGGAAAAGCCAUACACAUGCGACUUCUGUGAGAAGAGUUUUGCUCACAACACAGGACUCAGGCUACACAGAAGGGUCCAUGCAGGGGAGAACCACCUGGUCCCCUAAAAAGUACAUCCCCACACAAAAAACUGCAUUCUCAGUUUUCUCCAAUUAAUGUUUUCUCUGAACUGUAAUUGCAUUUUUACUUAUAUGUCUAUAGUUGUGCUUAUCAGUGUAAUAAUUUUGUAACUACUUGAGGUGGAAAUGAGGAAAGAAUGGUAUGAUAACAUUUUACUGGUUAUAAGUGUGGUUUGGUUCAGGUGCAGUGAUGGUGCUUUCACAAUGGCAAGCGCUGGUACAGUUUUUCUUGGUACUCUCAGUGAACCAGCCCAAGUUCACACCAGUUAGGAGCCAAGGUUCACCGCCUUAUGCAGGGCUCUAGAGUGUAACCAGUUUUCUUUGGUGUCACUGGGGCACCUAACACUUCCUGAGUUUCCCGUACGUUGAUCAAUGCGUGGCGACAGAAUCAGCACUGACUGUCACAAAUUGAUUGUCUUUUUUUUAAAGACGCAAUGUAUAGUUCCGUUCAGUCACCUCCCUGCCCCACAGCUCUCACUCUCUCUCACAGAGACAUGCUGGCAUGCUAAGCACCGUCAUCAUUUAGAGUGUGCGUGUGUGCGUGCGUGCAUGUGUGUGUUUGAUGGCUCACUACAGUAGACCACACUACACCAUAGUAUAGUAAAUUAGUAUUCAGUAUAGGAGUUUCAUAUUUUCAAUAGUUAUUGAGUUAUUGUUGAAUAAAGUCUGCCUUGCCAUUAAUUUAGUUGAUUGUGUGUUUGUAUGCUGCGCUAUACGCCAUAUAACCACGACAGAACGAUCCUGUUGAUUGUCUAACCAGCUAAUCAAUGUAACCACGUAAUGUGUGUGUGUGCGUACACACUAUGUUUGUGCUUCAAAUGAAGACAAAUAUUUAUAUCCUUGGUAACAAUUCUUUACAUAUUACAAGUAUAAAUGUAUGUGAAAUGACAAAAGGGCAACCCUUAAAAUUUGUGUUGCUGAAGGUGGCGCAUUGAAAAUUUCGGUGCACCUAUAUUUUGUGUGUAUAUUUUGCCCCCAAUGCAAAAAGUUAGGAGCCCCUGUAACAUCACCAGUGGUGUGCAUUACUCAAUACAAAGCCUGAGUGGAAUUAAACAUGGAGCUUUUCCCUCUGUUUAUUCUCCCGGAGGUCAGGAGAUGCCAGCCAAAUAUUUUGUCUCUACUGGAGCACAUUACAUUGAUGUAAUGGCUCGCAAGCAAUAACUAAGUAUUUUUGUUUCUACUUGCAAUCAAAUUUUCAAUUAAUUUUUGGUAUAAACAUGCUGGGAAGUGUUAUUGGAACUGUGCCACAGCUGUGCUGGUGUGAAAGCUCUAUGCUGAACCUGUAGUUAGGUUUUGUCACAGAAAGUUUAGGCAUGCAUAGAAAAGAUCAUGUUUUUCCUCAUGGAGUCAACAAUUUCUCCUUAAAAAGUACAUUAUUUCACACCUGCUUGGCAGACAUUUCACUUAGUUUGUUACACUCCACCUUCAGAUGAGAAUUUGAGAUUUUAUUUAGCAGAAAGAGCACAGGUAUUACUGAUAUUAACAAUGGCUCUGUUCAGUUAAUGUAAGUCAGGACCCAUAGUGUGGUCGCGGGGAACGUGUCAAAAACAAAUGUAAUCCGACAGAAAUCAUGUUCUUUACGAAACAUUACUGAGAAUGCAGUGUUUGUGACACAUUUGGCAAGAAACAGCAGAGCUGAGAUUAAUUUUGUGCAAGUGUUAAAAGUUGGAAGAGUGUUAAAAACUAGAUGUGUGGUUCAUCUUAGUUGUGUGCCAUGUUGGAAGCAUUAUAAUGAACGUAAAAGGGCCUGGUUUUGUAAGAUGAGAGAUUUGGAAGUAAAAAAAAAACUGACAUGUUUAUUUUCCACCACCGUUUUACAGUGAGGCCAGAGUUUGGUUUUUGCCUCGGUCUAAAUGUAAAGCGCACCAUAGUAACAGAGGGUUCAAAGAUAACCCAUGAUGCAUCAGGAGGCUCUCCUUUACCAUGUGGCUCUAGCAUCCACAAGAAAUGUGUCUCUGUAGCUAAAGCUGCUUUCAGUCCUGCACGGAAGUGCAGAUGUAUACCAGAAUUUGUCCAGAGGUGCAAACAUGCACAAAAGUCAGUGCAGACAUUUUCCUGAACGUCUCAGAGUGAUCUUAUGUGAGAAUGCAGCAGGGAAAGCUCUGGAUGAUUUUACAAGAGAGUGAGUGAGUGAGUGAGUGAAUGAAUGUCCUGCCUCCUGCAUGCCAAUGACAGACACCAUCCCCCUUGUCUCACCUAAAUGUUCUGAAGUUCUUUUGUUGUGAAAGGGUGUGACUCAUUUCCUGCUGCCUCGGUCAUAUGUGAACACUAAACUCAAGAUAUUUUCUACAACAGUUAAUUGUUUUAAACAGAUUAUGAAGGAAAAAAAUCAAACAAACCCAUUCCAACCGAUUGAACUCUUCUGUUGUGAUGCUCUGCAGCUUGAAGAAGAAUGAGGCUUACAAUAUAUAUAUAUGUUACGUACAGCACAUUGAAUUCUGUUUGUUGGUAUGUUGCCUUUUAUUAUUCAAAUUCAAAAUGACUAUUGAGUAACAGUUCAAAUGUUAUUGCAGCAUCUUCCAUUAAAUUGUCUGGAGACGUGGGGGUGAAAUGUUCACACUCCAAACGAACUUGUUUAUAAUUGUUAUGGUUCUGUAUUUAAUAUUCAAGGUAAAUUAUGUUCAGCACAUGCCACAGAUAAUAAAUACGCCAACCAACCAAACCCAGCCUCUAUUAUCCAAGUCUUUGGGUAGUAACAAAGGGUAAUGUUAGAGCUGUAGCAUUUAAUUGAUUAAUAAUUAACUACAAAAUAAUUUUAGUAAUUGUUUUUUUUUUUUAGUCUGUGUCUUUUCUUUUUUUAAAUAAAAAGUUAUCUACUUACA